AUGGGGUCUGCAUCCAUCAUCGACUCCAUCGCCACCUCGCCCUUCGAGAUAUCCGAUCUCAUCUUCUCUCACCUUGAUAACUGCGACCUCAAAGCCCUGCGGUUAACCUGCAAAAGGCUUGCGAAACUCGCCCGUCCUCGCUUCAAGCGCGUUUUCAUAUCCGCCAGUCCCCUGAACGUGGACGUGUUCCGCGCCGUCGCGGAACAUGAUACUUUCCGCCACGACGUCCGCGAGAUAGUCUGGGACGAUGCCCGCUACGAGAAGCCGCCACCUCCAGACCUGAGAUUCCGGGACGGGUACCAAGACUUGGAUGAUGAUUCCGACGACUCAGAGGAUGACGAUGAUGAAGGCGGCCGCAGAGAGAAGUUCCCAUUUGGCGUUCGGCCCUGGUAUGUCAGACACUGCAAAGACAACAUUGAGUACUUGGAGUAUAGACAACAAUACGAUGUCGCAACCUUGCCUCAGCAUCUCGAGACCUCGAAACAGCUUCUAGCCCAGCUGCCUCUCGAAGUCGCCUACGCUCACUAUCAGGACCUCCUUGCACAACAAGACCAAGUGCUUUCUACAUCAGCCGAUGUAGCCGCUUUCGAGUGGGCUUUAGAAAAGGACAGAUUCCCCAACCUGAAGAGGAUUACCCUUACCCCUGCUGCACACGGUAUUCUUUUCAAGCCACUAUAUCCAACGCCUGCUAUUCGCGCUCUUCCGUACGGCUUCAACUGCCCGCUUCCUCGUGGCUGGCCAGCUGGUCAAGCGGAAAACAGAGAACCCGUUGGGGAUUGGGACGGUGAGGAUUACAAGAGCAACUGGCGUGGUUUCCGCCGUAUUAUCAGCAUUCUCGCUCGGCAGGAGACCACAAAGAUCCCGGAGCUGGUUUUCGACGGUAACCAGGUCUGGUCUGGGCUCACGAGUUGCAUUUUCCGCGCACCGGAGCCGUGUGUCGAGUAUGAUAAUCUCGUUUCUGUAAUCAAGAAGCCAGGUUUUACGACACUCAUCCUCAACCUCAUGGUGACCCCGCAAGAAGACAACAACUACCUUGCUUUCCGCACCGGGCGUCUGAGAAAGGCUCUGGAGGCUGAUUUGCGACACUUUUCCUUGGAGACCGACGAAGAAGGUAGCCAUGAAGACUCGCCGGUUCCCUCGCAUUGGGUGUUGGAUCACUUUAUCCCCUUGCGAUCCAUUUUCCCCGUCGAGGCGUGGAAAAACUUGGCGCACUUUGGGCUGUCGCGCUUUCUCGUCCAGCAGCAGGAUUUGCUUGAUUUUCUGUCGGCACUGCCGCAAACCCUGCAAUCGGUGGAACUCAGCUUUAUAUGGUUCAUGAAUCACCAUGGCAACUAUAGAGAGCUGCUCUUUGGUAUUCGUGACGACUUGGGCUGGCAGAAACGAAUCGUGAGGCCUCGCCUGCUCAUUAGAGAUCACCCUUAUGUCAUGUUGGCAGGGCGCGCCGUCUGGCUCGAAGAUGAGUUGCAACAGUUCCUCUACCAUGAUGGCGAGAACCCGUACCCGGUUCCUUCACUGCGGGGAAUGGUGGUGAGGCCAGGUGAUGGUCCUCUGCGUCCGACCCUGGGGUAUGGAUUCGGGAAGGAGAAGGACGCGUUCGAGCCUAGAUUCGAACGACCCUUCGAGUCAGAGGAUAAGCUUAUUCAUGCGGGAAUUCUCAGAGAUUGGACGGCGGAGUAUCCGUAA